AUGGUGAAGCAGCGCAUGACAGCCCUCGAUGUGAGGGCGACAGUGGAAGAGAUGCGGGCGAACCUCAUAGGGCUGCGGCUGCUUAACAUCUACAACAUGGACAGCAAAAUGUUUUUGUUCAAGUUUGGGCACGGCGAGCACAAGAAGAACGUCCUCCUCGAGAGCGGCGUGCGCUUCCAUCUAACGGAGCUGGAACGUGAGAAGCCGAAGGUACCGUCACAGUUCACUCUCAAGCUGCGCAAGCACGUCCGCGCCUGGCGGCUCGACAGCAUCUCGCAGCUGCAGCAUGACCGCACGAUCGACCUCUGCUUCGGUGUUUCGUCGUCUGAGGGCUGCUUCCACAUCAUUGUGGAGCUCUUCUCGAAGGGCAAUGUAAUUCUGACCGACUACACGUACAAGAUGAUGAUGCUGCUCCGUACGCACCGCGAUGACGAGGGCCAUAACCUGAUGGUGAAUCAAGUCUACCCCGUCACGGCCCCUUUCGUUGCUGCGGUGGCGGUCGAGUCGGCUUCGGCGCAGGAGGCAGAUACCGCCACCACGGUGUCCUCGGUGACUAGAACAGCUGUAUCGGCAGCGGAGGUGCCGCACAUUUUCCUCUACCCUCCGCACGUGGACGCAUCUGGCCACCUGCACGUGCAGCGCAUCGCCGACGCCGAUCUCACACUGGCCCAACAGCAAGUCAAGGAAGAGCGCACACGGUUGAUGAAGGCGGAAUGGGAGGUGGGGCUCACCCGCAGCAACGACCGCACUGUCGUGCAAACAUUGGUGGCGGGCAUUCAACACUUUGGACCUGAUCUAGCUCAGCACGUGCUGGCCAUCACUGGUGUAUCUAACGCACCCCGGAAGAGCUGGAAGCAGUCGACGGACGACAUCUUUGCAACCCUGCUCCCCGGUCUGUUGGAGGCCUUUGACCUUGCUAAGGUCGACCUCGCCUCCGCCGGCGGCUACCUCAUCAAAUCGAAGGCGGGGCCCGGCAGCAGAGCCAACGCCGCAGAACCACCGGCGCCAGACGCCUCCACCGCCGCCGCUGGUGUAGCCGACCUCGUCGCCGUCGCGGAGAAGUACGAGAGCUUCACGCCCAUCUUGCUCGCCCAGUACACAGAGGACGGGGUGGUGUCGUUCUACCGCGCCAGCUUCGGUCGCGUCUGCGACGAGUUUUUUCUCAUCACAGAGACGGCGCGCAUCGAUGCGUCGAACGAGAAGCGCAAGAACACCUCCAAGAACAAGGAAGACAAGUUUGCGGCCGAUCACGCGCGCCGCAUCAACGCACUCGAGACAGACAUAGCGGCUAACCAGCUGAAGGGUCAGCAGCUCAUCCUGAACGCUGACCGCGUUGACGAGGCGAUCCAGCUCAUCAACGGUGCCCUAGCAACGGGCAUCUCGUGGGAGGCCUUGCGCAUACUGCUGAAGAGACGCCAUGCAGAGGGGCACCCAGUGGCGUACAUGAUUCAUGACCUCUUCCUAGAGCGCAACUCUAUCAGCGUUUUACUCGAGACGGUGCUGGACGAGGAGGCGGGCGAGGAGGACUGCGACGUGCCGCCGAUGGUGGUCGAGGUGGCGCUGUCCAAGACGGCCCACGCGAACGCUGCGGACUACUUUGGCAGGCAAAAACAGCACCGCUCGAAGUUGGAGCGCACCAUUGCGGCGACCGACAGGGCGGCGGCUGGGGCGGCGCGCAAGGGAGAGCGCAAGGCAGCAGAGCAAAAGGAGAGGAAAGUGAUCGUCAAGGAGCGGCAGCGCAGCUGGUGGGAGAAAUUCUUCUGGUUCCGCACCAGCGCCGGUGACCUUGUGCUGCGUGGCAAGGAUGUGCAGUCGACGGAGCUGCUGGUGCGGCGCGUGAUGCGUCUUGGGGACCUUUUCAUCCACUGUGAUGUGGAUGGGGCUUUGCCGUGCCUGCUGCGGCCCAUGAACGACGUCUGGCAGGAGCUCGGUGGCCACAAUGCUGGCGGCAAUGCCGUGGUCUCACCGAGGACUCAGCCGGUGGCGAUGCACAGCGCGUGUGAAGCAGGGGCGUGGUGUGUCGCCUUCAGCGGCGCAUGGGAACGGAAGCAGACGACUGGCUCGUGGUGGGUGUACGCGUCGCAGGUGACGGGUGGCACGGCCACCGGCACGUACCUCUACACCGGCGAGCGACACCAUCUGCCCCCGCAGUCGAUGUCGCUCGGGUGCGCGCUGCUCUUCUACGUCGCACGCACCGUGAGUGAACCGGCGGAGGCCGCGCCGGCUGCAAUCACUGCUGGAGUCAAGGAUGACGACGACGAGGCGGCGCACGGAGAGGAGGACGCUGUCGACCCGUUCACCGUGCUACGGCGUGAGCUGCCCAGCCUCCUGACAUCGACCGCAGACGCCAACCCGCCAAGCGGCACCGAAGGAACAGUCGUGCCCGCUGACACAGCGACUGUCCUUGUCGAGCUGCCCUCCGUGGAGGCUCUCCGUGCGGAGCAGCGUAAGCAGCGGAGCCUAUACGCGGCCGGUGUCGGUGGCGGUGUGGACGGGCGUCGAACGAAGGGCGGGGCGCGCAACUCACGCGUCGACCGCGAAGGUCUGCAAGGCACGCCGGCUGCAACUAUUACCCUCACUCCCUCCUCGGCGAUGGAAGACGGUGUAAUCACCACCGUGGCGACGACAGCUACGCAGAAAGCCAACGACCAGGCCAAGAACUUGACAAAGUACCAGAAGAGGAAGCUGAAGAAGAUCCAGGACAAGUACGGCGAUCAAGAUGACGAGGAUCGCAUGCUCGGAGCAAAGGUGAAUGGGAAUCAGCUGUCACUUGUACAGCUGCUGGAGCUGCAGCGACGCGCCGAGCAACGCCAGAAAGAGGAACAGGCUAAGCGAGCACACGGGAAGGCGCGCCGUGCCGUCAGAAGUUAUGACGAGCGGGAAGACCAGGACGAGGAGAUGGUGGUGGAGGUAGUGUCCGACUUCACGGACGAUGGCGAAGAAGCGGAGAAGAAUGCUACUGCGGUCGACGCGGCGGACGUGAGCGGCCCCAACGAGGAAGGCGAGCAAGCUGCGGCUAUCGAGGAAGCCGGGGGUGGCAGUGAGAGUGAGGAAAGGGAGGCGACGGAGACGGGUGCUGCCGCCUCAACAGCGGCGGGCUCACCUAACGACCACGACGCCGUAGUUGCUCAGCAGUCCGCCGAACUCAGUCGCGCCUUCCCACACUACACCAUGCGGCCCGGACCGAUGGACACUGUGCAGCACGUCGUGGUCGUCUGCGCACCGGUGAUCGUCGUGCGCGAGUACGCGUACCACGCGACUUUGUGCGUGGGAAAUACAAAGAAAGGGGUGCUGGCGGCGAAGCUUCUUCAGCUGUUCACGGCACGCGCGGAGCAGGGCGAAGCUGGAGCUGGCGGCAGCUCAACAGGCUCCGGUGCAGCCUCUGCCGGUGCACCAAGGAAGAAGCCAAAGAAACCGGCAUCAAAGACAGAGGGUGGCGCUGCGCCAACGGACUGCCCCCACUCACCAUCGUCGGGGUCGUUACCCUCUGCCGCUACUGUAAAUCACUCCGUUGUGAAGGCGUUGCGGAUGACGAGCCCCAACUAUGUAGUGGAACAGCUUCGGGCAAACGUGAAAUCAACGGAGUUCCACCUGUGA